AUGGCAGAUGAAAUAUCAAAUGUUUUCUCACAUGUGAAAUUAAACGAAGAUCAUAUUGAGAAUGAUAUGAUGGAGGGGGAUUCAAAUGAAGAUAUUGAGAAUGAUAUGGUGGAGGUGGAGUCGAAUGAAGAUAAUAUUGAGAAUGAAAUAGUGGAGUUGAAUGAAAUGGUAGAAACAAAAGGUGUGGAAAACAAAGCAGAAGACCCUAAGUUGGUAAUGAUGUUUGACUCCAUUGAUGAUGCUGUGAUAUAUUAUAGAAGAUAUGCUAAAGAAAAAGGUUUUGCAGUGGCUAAAAGAACUUCUAAAAAGGGGAACGAUGGGGUGGUGAGGUAUGUGACCAUUGUUUGUAGUUAUGCUGGAAAGCCAAGGAUUAGAUUAAACUGUCCUGGAAUUAAAAGGACUAGAUCUACCAAUCCAGUUCAAUUGAAACCUCAAACAAAAACAGAUUGCAAAGCUCAACUUAGGUUGUCUCUAUGCCCAAAUGGAAAGUGGAUACUUAGAUCCAUGGUACUUGACCAUAAUCAUGGAUUGAGUCCUAGUAAGACCAAAUUUUACAAAUGCAAUAGAAUAAUAGAUCCACAUGUGAAAAAAAAGCUUGAAUUACACGACAAAGCUGAUAUUAGAAUGAACAAGAGUUUUAAUUCAUUUGUGGUUGCAGCAGGGGAACAUGAGAAUUUGUCUUUUCUAGAAAAGGAUUGUAGAAAUCAAAUGGAAAAAGUCAGACGUUCACAUCUUAGGGAAGGAGAUGCUAGUGCAAUGCACCAUUACUUUUUGAAAAUGCAAGCUGACAAUUCUGAAUUCUUCUAUGCAAUGGAUUUUGAUGAUAAUGGUCGGUUGAAAAAUGUAUUUUGGGCUAAUGCAAGGAGUAGGGCAGCAUUCAAAGAGUUUGGUGAUGUAGUUACAUUUGACACUACAUAUAUGGUUAACAAACAUGAAAUGCCAUUUGCUCCAUUUGUUGGGGUGAACCAUCAUGGGCAAUCAACAUUGCUAGGAUGUGGAUUGAUCUUAAGAGAAGAUACAAAUUCAUUUAUAUGGCUAUUUAAAUCUUGGCUUGCAUGCAUGUCUGAAUGUCCUCCCAAUGCAAUUAUUACGGAUCAAGACAAAGCCAUGAAAAAAGCGAUAGAGAUUGUUUUCCCUAAUGCACGACAUCGAUGGUGUUUGUGGCAUAUCAUGAAUAAGUUGCCUGACAAAUUUAAAGGGUUCAAAGACUAUGAAUUAAUAAAAUUAUGUAUGAAAAAUGUUGUUCAUGAUUCAUUGACAAAAGAAGAAUUUGAAGAAAGUUGGGGCAGAUUCAUUAAGAAAUAUCAACUUGAAAGCAAUGAAUGGUUACUUGGGUUGUAUGAUGAGCGGCAUCGUUGGGUGCUUGCCUUUGUGAAAGAUAUGUUUUAG